AUGCGCUAUAUGUCAUCGCAACUCGAAUCAACUGUACGCAUUGUGGCACUCUCCUCAUCUCUGGCCAAUGCAAAAGAUGUUGGCCAGUGGCUUGGCUGUUCCUCGCAAGCCACAUUCAAUUUUGCCCCAAAUUGUCGGCCACUUCCACUGGAGCUUUUUAUACAGGGCUUUAAUCUCUCACAUACUGCUUCACGACUUGCGGCAAUGACUCGACCAGUUUAUGCGGCAAUUGGCCGCCAUGGUGGUAAGCUACGUCCACGACCUGUCCUGGUUUUCGUACCAAGCCGACGUCAAUCACGAUCCACCGCUGUGGAUAUGCUCACAAUGGCACAUGCUGAUGGCCAAUCAAAACGAUUUUUGCACAUCAAUCCCCGUGAACCGAGCUUCGUUCGCCUUCUCGAAAACAUUCAGGUUCGUGUGCUGCCGUUUUGCUAA